AUGGCGUCGACUUGCUACCGGUCAGUCCUCACGUCCUCUUGGGAGCCAGUGCGCGGAAAUGGCAUUGCCAGGGUCCAAGACCCCCCGAAUUCCAUCCUCGGGCGCAGCCUCGAACUUGGCUUUGUGUUGGCCGCCAUCGUGGCCGACUCGACGUUGCUGUUUUUGUACCAGCGGAUCAACAAGACCAGUGAAUCCCUCGACGCGCGGCAAGUUGGCCUGACCGACCGGCAGUUGAGCGACCUGGGGGACCAUGCAGUGACUUUUAGGUAUGAGGUCUGA